GAGGGCGUCAGGCUGGCAAUCACCCUCCAAAAGACACAUUAAAUUGGCGACUACUGCUGACAAUUCCGUCUUCGUUGUAUGUGUUGUCCCGGAUCCCGGCCACAGCCAGUUGAUUUGGACACGGCCGGCUCGAUGUACCGUCAAAGCUGUACAUGUACAGUAUAUGUGCUGUUUGUGUACAGGUACUGUAUAAUUAUGUACUCUACAUGUAUGCGCUGUCCAACGACGGUAGAUCCAGAGCAUUUUCGGCAUUUCAGUGGUACAUGUACGUGGUUGGCAUCAAAUUAAUCUUGUUGCGCCCCGACUACAUUUCAUAACUGAGACUGCUUGAGAUGAGUUUUAAUAGUAACAGCAGGUUCAAGCUUCUUGUGAAAAAUGCGAAGCAAGUUGCUGUGGUCUCCAGUGGUAACCAGCUUGUGCUGCGCGGCAAAGAGAUGGGCCAGGUCGCUGUGAUGCCGGAGUCAUCACCGGGAAUAAAUGGAUGCGGGGCCGCCCAGGAAGGUGUCAGCAUCGUUGUUAACCUGAGUGGAAUGAUAGAAGACAUAGGUUGUUCCUCAGCUUUAGAUCAAAAGUACAGUCAUGCAACAUUUGACCAUGUUCUGGAUGUGAGUGGAAUGUGUGUACUACCAGGCCUAGUAGAUGGUCACACACAUCCUGUCUGGGCAGGUGACAGAGUUCACGAGUUUGCUAUGAAGAUUGCUGGUGCUAGCUACAUGGAUGUCCACAAGGCUGGGGGUGGGAUCGGCUUCACCGUCGAGCACACGCGUGCUGCCUCUGAAGACGAGCUGUACAACCUCCUGCAGCCCCGUCUGGAGGGUAUGCUCCAGGCGGGCACCACACUUGCUGAGUGUAAGAGUGGCUAUGGCCUGGAGACGGCAACAGAGAUGAAGAUGCUGCGGGUCCUGGAGCGGGCAAGACGGGAGCUGCCAAUCGAGAUUUCCAGCACCUUCUGUGGGGCACACUCUGUGCCAAUAGGGCAAACUGCCGAAGAAGCAACAGAGGAUGUCAUCAACAAGCAGCUACCAGAACUCCAGAACCUCAUCGAAACUGGGGACAUCCAGGUGGAUAACAUUGAUGUCUUCUGCGAGAAGGGCGUGUUUGAUGUGGACCAGAGCAGGCGGAUCUUGCAAGCAGGGCUCCAGAUGGGUCUGUCGAUCAAUUUCCACGGUGAAGAGCUGACCUACUUGGGUGCUGCUGAGAUGGGUUCUGCGUUGAAAGCAACAGCCAUCAGCCACCUGGAAGAGAUCAGCGAUGCCGGGAUCACGGCCAUGGCCGAGGCCGGUAGCGUGGCCGUAGUCCUCCCGACGACUGCCUACAUCCUGAAGCUGACCCCUCCUCCCGUCAGGAAGAUGAUCGAGAAUGGGGUGGCAGUGGCUUUGGGAAGUGACUUCAAUCCCAACGCAUUCUGCCUGUCUAUGCCUCUAGCGAUGCACCUGGCCUGUGUCAACCUGGGCAUGACGAUGGACGAGGCCCUGGUAGCAGCUACCAUCAAUGCCGCCGCCUCCCUGGGUAAAUCCAGGAGCCACGGCUCACUGGAAGUGGGCAAGGUUGGGGAUAUGAUUGUCAUCGAUGCGCCAAGAUGGGAGCACCUGAUUUAUCAGCUGGGCAACCAUGAGAGAAUGAUCAAGCACGUCAUCAAAAGGGGUGAUGUCAUCCAAUGAAACGAAGAGAUGAAAUGAAAGUUAAUUACCCUUUCAUAUUACUGCUGCUAGUUCUGCCGUCCCCACCAAAGGAUUCUCUCCUUGUGUUCAGCUGUUUUUAGGUGAAUGCAACAGUGCUGCAGUGUAAUAUGUGUAUAUUUUUAAAUUCUGCGUGACCUGAUGGAGGUUAAUUGAACCAAUUUUGGGUCUAACAGGAGAAGUAUUCCUUAAUCAGAUUUACUGUUUUUAAACAUCGUAGGAAUUUCUGAUGAGGAUUUAAUUAUCCAACAUGGGUUGUCCAUACUUUAUUUGUAAAUAUAUUGUUAAUGCUUUGGAGGUGAGACAUUAUAACUCACAUACAGAAGUGUUGUUGUUUUCUUCAGUCGUUUUGUUUCGUCAGCUUGAAAGAUGCUGUGGUCAGAGGAAAUGUUAGACUUGAAUCAAGUCGGACUAAGGUUGCUCUUCCUUGGUCAGCCAUCCCCAGCCGGUACGCACUGCACAGUCGUAACGCUCGGCCCAGCAGCUGGCACAACCCGUAUAAGGUGCCCUCAUUAUAGCCUUUAUUGUACAACGUGUGUCAUACGUCACCUGUCAGUAAGUCUGACUUGAUGGAUAAGCCAAUCGGAC